CACAAUAAGCCAGCGGGAGGACCGCUCCGCUUCUUAGGAGAGCUGCCCGUUACAGUCGUGGAUAAUCGCCGUCGUCUCCAAAGCCUGUCGUGGGAUACUAUCAGUUUACCUGUUUUAUUCUCCCUUCCUCCUCCACCCCCUUUCUUUUGUUUCAUUUUUGGUUUCCUCUCCUCAUAUCCUUGAGCAUCCUCCCCUGCACAGCCUGUUCGCUGACUUACCAGCCAGUCCUCCCUCUCCCGCGCUACCUGGCUAACUUUUCCACCCGACUCCAUCCCACUCACCCUCCUCCAUCGCUCCCCGCAGCCUCUGGCGCUCGCCUCCUGCGUCUUCGUAUUGCAGCAGCCUCGCCUGGACCGGGCGGAACCCCUUUCGGUCAGUCUACACGGGGCACUUCAUGGGGCGCACAGUCUCACUCGAAAAAUGGUCUGCUGUCGGGUACUAGGCGCCCCGCUGAACCUGCCGGGACUGGAGUUGUUGUUGCGCGUCUCCGUCUUUUCCCCACCUCGCCUGUGCUGUCGGGGCCAGUGAGAUAUGGGUCUUUCCGUGGCGGCGCAGGCAUCACUCCAGGAGCCCCGACGCCUGCACCAGUGGAGCCGGACGGUGGGAGGCUGGGUCUGGAUCGCCCUCGUCUCAUUUCUCGCCACUUUACCUGUGGAGCAGCUGCGCGCCUUCCCGUCUUCCCUCAGCGACUGCCAGACGCCGACCGGCUGGAACUGCUCCGGUUACGAUGACCGGGACACAGACCUGUUCAUGUGUGAUAUCAACACAUGCAAGUUUGAUGGGGAGUGUCUAAGAAUUGGGGACACAGUGACAUGUAUCUGCGACUUCAAGUGCAACAAUGAUUAUGUCCCAGUAUGCGGCUCCAACAAUCAGAACUACCAGAAUGAGUGUUUCCUGCGCAGGGAUGCCUGCAAGCAGCAGUCUGAAGUGCUGGUGAUUUCAGAGGGAGCCUGUCCUGCCGAUGCCGGCUCAGGAUCAGGAGACGAUGGAGGUGAGGGCUCGGCGGAGGCAGGGCAGAAAGAGACAUCAACCUGCGACAUUUGCCAGUUUGGGGCGGAGUGCGAUGUGGACGCAGAGGAUGUUUGGUGUGUGUGCAACAUCGACUGCUCCCACAUCAGCUUCAACCCCGUGUGCGCUUCAGAUGGCCGUUCCUAUGACAACCCCUGCCAGGUGAAGGAGGCUUCCUGUCAGAAACAGGAGCGCAUCGAGGUCAAGUACCUGGGCCACUGCCAAGGGGACAUCAUGACUGGGAACAAAGCCGGAAACGGACACUACGCACGGACCGACUACACAGAAGACCCGGGCAACGAGCUAGCCAGGGGUCUCUACAUACCCUGUCCAGAUCAUUACAAGAACUACUGCGUCCAUGGAGAGUGUCAAUACCCCAGCAUCCUGGCCCAGCCUUCCUGCAGCUGUCACUCGGGCUUCAGCGGUCCCCAGUGUGACACUAAAGAGUACAACGUGCGCUAUGUGGUGCCAGGCUCCGGCAAACUGCGCUACGUCCUCAUCGCCUCCAUCAUCGGGGCACUGCAGGUGGCCAUCAUCUGCGUGGUGGUGCUCUGCAUUACCAGGAAGUGCCCACGGACCAACAGGAUCAACCGGCAGAAGCAGAACAAUGUCCACUACAGUUCGGAGAACACCAUGCGCGCCUCCACCCGGCUCAUCUGAGCCCAGACACACGAGACAAAGGAGGACGACGGUGAAGAAACCCCCUCCACUCAACAUAGCGCUGCGGCGUUAGAUGAUCCCCCAUGUAGGCCAACCCUGAAAAAUGUAGGAUCUGCUUCCCCUCACUCCCCACCCUCUGUCCCCGUCUGACCCCUGAGAACGAGCAGGGAGAACGGUGGCACAGGAAAAGACAAAGCUGGCGUCCCGGUCAGUCGUGAGCGUCGCAUGUGGAUGAUGUAGUCAUUGGUCGCCGCUGUCGCCACCCUCCCCGUCCACCCCGCCCUACCCUGAACCCCUUCCCUCAGAUGCCAAUGUGUUCCCUUGCACCUUGUCACUUCCGCCCAGGGCUUCCUGAAAAACUGAACCAUGGGGUCUUGGAGAAGGGGAGGGGGGGCUGAGGAUAAUGGAUGUUUGUGUGUAUGUGUGGGAGAGUGUGUGUGUGUGUGUGUGUGUGUGUGAGGGUCAUAGGAGCUUUGGUAGACGUGGGGUUAGCUGGUGUCUGUUGUGUGUUUGUAGAUGAGGGGUAAAACCAAAUUGGGGUAGCGUGAAGCAGGUUAGCAGGGUUUCAAUAAGGGGUGUGU